GACAGCCGUACGAUAACUAACCACCAGGUCCGCCAUCGAGACAAUCCGACACAAUGGCGAUCAAGCACAACCAGCAGAUCCAGAAGAACCAUUUCCACAAGGACUGGCAACGCUACGUCCGCGUGCACUUCGACCAGCCUGGCAAGAAGAAGUCCAGACGCAAUGCGCGUGUUGCCAAGGCUGCAAAGGUCGCCCCCAGGCCUGUUGACAAGCUGAGGCCCGUCGUUCGCUGCCCGACUGUCAAGUACAACCGCCGUGUCCGCCCCGGCCGUGGUUUCUCUCUCGUUGAGUUGAAGGCCGCCGGUAUCCCCCGCAAGUUCGCCCGCACCAUCGGUAUCUCGGUCGACCCUCGCCGCCAGAACCUCUCCGAGGAGGGCCUCAAGGCCAACGUCGAGCGCCUCCAAGAGUACAGGAAGCGUCUCAUCCUCUUCCCCCGCCGCAACGGCAAGACCAAGCAGGGUGAUGCUUCCGCCGAGGACGUCAAGGCCGCUAAGAGCGCUGACAACCUCGUCCGCACCACCUCCGCUGCCCUGCCCAUCAAGAACGUCGUCGAAUUCGAGGAGGGCCCCAUUGGCAACUACGAGGCUACCGAGAACGCCUACAGGAAGCUCCGUGACGCCCGCUCUGAGGCCCGCCUCGUCGGUGUCCGGGAGAAGCGCGCCAAGGCCAAGCUGAGAGCUGACUCCAGAGAAUAA